UUACCAACUCUGUAAAGGACAACCGAUUCUGAAUAGGAGCCGAUCUGGGAACAGCUAGCGUUCUGGUCGAGAAAAAAAAAAAGGCGUUCGUGUUUUCUCACCGGCGCCGGCCCCGUAGGGGCGGCGUUUAUAUCAGACCAACGCGAGACGACAGCGCGACACCGGGGAGUUCCGGUAGUUAAAACACAGCGACCAACUGUUACGUUACAUUUAGAGGGGAGAAAGCCGCCGAAGCGUCACGGGGGUAUUUUGUUGUAACCGCCGUUUAAACGUCCAUGAAAGCGGAGACGCUCUAGCAGCGGGACACCCUGGAAGGGACGGAGACACCCCGGGAGGAUGUCGAGCGACGGACAUGUCAACCGAUGAGCUGCGAGGCCAAAGACGACGUCAUGUCGCUCCGCAGCUCGAGCGGCCGAGGCCGAGCCACAGUGACUCACGCGGUGGUGGUGAUCUUCUUGGAGUUCUUCGCCUGGGGGCUCCUGACCACGCCCAUGCUGACGGUCCUCCAUGAGACGUUUCCUCAGCACACCUUCCUGAUGAACGGCCUGGUUCACGGAGUCAAGGGCUUCCUGUCGUUUCUGUCGGCUCCUCUGAUUGGUGCUCUGUCGGACAUCUGGGGCAGGAAGUCCUUCCUCCUCAUGACGGUGUUCUUCACCUGCGCCCCCAUCCCCUUCAUGAGGAUCAGCCCCUGGUGGUACUUCGCUCUGAUCUCCGUCUCGGGGAUCUUCGCCGUGACCUUCUCGGUGAUCUUCGCCUACGUUGCCGACAUCACGGAGGAGCACGAGAGGAGCACCGCCUACGGACUGGUCUCAGCGACCUUCGCCGCCAGCCUGGUGACGAGCCCGGCCAUCGGCGCCUACCUGUCGGCGCAGUACGGCGACAGCCUGGUGGUGCUGGUUGCCACGGUGAUCGCCGUGGCCGACAUCGCCUUCGUGUUCUUCGUGGUGCCCGAGUCGCUGCCGGACAAGAUGAGGCUCACGUCCUGGGGCUUCCCCAUCUCCUGGGAGCAGGCCGACCCGUUCGCCUCUCUGCGCCGCGUGGGGAAGGACACCACGGUGCUGCUGAUCUGUGUCACUGUGUUCCUGUCCUACCUGCCGGAGGCGGGGCAGUACUCCAGCUUCUUCCUCUACCUGAAACAGGUGAUUGAUUUUUCUCCGGCGGCCAUCGCUGCCUUCAUCGCCAUGGUGGGCGUCCUCUCCAUCAUCGCUCAGACUCUGUUCCUCAGUGUUCUCAUGAGGACCAUUGGUAACAAGAACACGGUUCUCCUGGGUCUGGGCUUCCAGCUCUUCCAGCUGGCCUGGUACGGCUUUGGCUCCGAGCCCUGGAUGAUGUGGGCAGCAGGGACGGUAGCAGCCAUGUCCUCCAUCACCUUCCCAGCUGUCUCUGCUCUGGUGUCACACAGCGCAUCAGCUGACCAGCAAGGUGUGGCCCAGGGGAUGAUCACAGGUAUCAGAGGUCUUUGUAACGGUUUGGGUCCGGCUCUCUACGGCUUCAUCUUCUUCCUCUUCAACGUGGAGCUGAACGACUUGCAGCCGGAAGGGAAAGACACUCAGAGAACAGAGAAGGCGCUGAUCCCGGGCCCCCCCUUCCUGUUCGGGGCGUGCGCCGUCUUAUUCGCUCUCCUCGUCGCCGUCUUCAUCCCCGAUCGCCGAUUGGCCGACGCUAAGACCUGCAAGCCGAGCAGCGCCACCGCCGCCGCACACGCUCAGGGCGCCGGCACUCUGGCCACGCCCACCAGCGACGCGGAGGACAUCGAACCGCUCCUGCAGGACAGCAGCAUGUGACUUGACGGCCCGACCCCCUCGGCCAAUCGCAUCGCCGCAGCCUGUCGGCACGGCCCACUAGCCCCGCCCCCUCUUUCAGAAUAUACCUUUUUCAGCUUUUUAUUUUUUUAUUUCCUCACAUUGACAGAUGAGAGACUCCACUGACGAGCUUUUAUCUCUCCACGUGAUAUUUAUACAUUUAUGUUUAUAACUUUUAAAGUAUUAAAGGUUGAACCAGGAUAAAUAACAACACCCUAUUUACUACAAAAUGAUGGCGACGCCAUUGUUCUGGUCGGUUAAUUCAUUAAUAUUAUUAUAUACUAUUUGUAGUUCUCUCGUUUCAUUAAAGAAAGUUGGUUUGAUUAAAAAAUCAAAUACAAACUCA